AAUUUACUGAGAUGGUGACACGGUGGACAGACUCAGUAAUCCUAUUUCCUUCUUUUUUCUCACUGAAACUGUUUCUCCUUUAAAGAGGUCACGUGUUGAUCUAAAGGGAAAAACCAUGAGUGGAUUCGGGCAUCGCGUCUUUGUGUGAACGUAUGAAAAGGCUCUGGGAGUUUAAAGAGACGCGCUUCGCCACCGGUAAAAUGCCUCGUUUGUGUGCUGUGCUCGCCCUGCUCCUCGCUGCAGGCUGCUCGCUGUGCACGGCGGAUGUCGGGACCUUCACUCCGUGCCUGCAGUUCUUUUACAGGUCUUGGCCCCCUAAGGGUCUGACAGGGACGCCGAUCUGCCAGCGUUUUAUCAACAAGUAUCGGUUCGCCACCCUGUACAGCCGACCCCGCCGUUCGCCCUGGUUUUCCGCCUAUUUGUACACAGUACCUGCCGGAAAGCGACCCUCAUCAUCCUGGAAGUUUGAGCCACAGUUAGCCUACCCAGGGGGAGAUGGCAACAUGGAACAGUUCCCCCCAGGCCCUCUGGAUCAGAACAUUGUGGAGAGCCAGGCAGUGCAGCCGGACUACAUCAACUCCACCUACUCCCGCGGCCACUUGAACCCCAGCCUCCACCACAUGAGCCACGACACCCGCUCUUCCACCUUCACCCUCACUAACGUGGUUCCCCAAAAGGAGGGCUCUAACGACGGGCCUUGGCAACUUCUGGAGCAGAGUGUGAAUCACACCUUAGCAACCUACUGUCUCGGAGACGCCUACGUCGUGACGGGCAUCAUCCCCUACCGCAAUGACGAGCACUGGCUCAAGAAUCACCGCGUGGCGGCGCCUGAGUAUAUGUGGUCUGCCUACUGCUGUCCAAAGUACAACCAAAGUCUUCCAAAAGAGCUGACCAACACCUUUCCCACGUAUGCCGCCAUUGGACGCAAUGACCCCAACAGCAGCGAGGAGAUUGUGCCUGUCGAUAAGACGGCUAAGAAACAAUUCAGGGGAUACGAUGUGAGAAAAAUGUCCCUGGCAACACUUGAGAUGUACUUGAAGGACAGGUUCAAUACUGUUGUUAGUGUGUUUUAUGAGCAGUGCACCGGAUCAGACCUCACAGAAAAUACAUAAAUGAUACAUAAAUGUUGUGUAUAUACACAUUUCUGUGAGGAGAAUGACACAAUGUGCAAAUUUUAAUGACCACUACUGAAAUGAUUACUAUACGAUGCGCUGCCACAGAGCUCAAGUACGCACAAAACACUUUAAGCCACUAGGUGGUGUCCUUGUGCAAUACAUGUAGCUGCACAUUUCGGCUGAAGUUGUAUGUAUGUAUGUAUGUAUCAAACUAAUUCAUUUUCUGAUUCUGAUUCACUAAAUAACUAAUAAUGAUCAGCGGUGUAAGAACUACUCGUGUACUGUACAACAAUGCACAUUCUUACCAAAGUAAGAGCACAGAUGUUUUUUUAGCCAAAUAUACUUGAAGUAUCAAAGAAAACUUUUCAUAACCUGAUCUAUAACUUCUAUAUCUUUGCCCCAAAGGGCAAAAAUGACAAUGACUCCAACUCUUAUAUGCAACAUCGAUAUUACUACAUAUCCUUCUUUUAUUUUUUACUAUUGAGAAAUUGGAAUGUCCCAAUUUUCCUUUUGGAUGCAUAAAGUGUAUCUGAUUUAUCUAACAGCACAUAGUGUAUGUUAAUAUGUGCACCUGCAAAUGACAGAAACUAUAAUAAAUUGAUAUAGAAAAGA